AGGACACUUACAUCAACCUUCAGAAUUCCCAACUGGACAAAAGGGUAAAAGGCCAAUGCAUCAGAUCAGACAGCAGGCCCCGCAGCACCUACCACAUCUCCAGCUGCCAGCUGCAGCCUCCAGCUCUGCAGCUGCGCAGGAACGGCCAGCAGAUGCUGCACCUGAAACUGUUGAGGGAGAACCUCCCACUGCCCCCCUCCCAUCGCCCCUCCCCUCUCCAAACCUGCCCCCGCAACAGCAAGAUGCCGUCCAGACGCCCACCAAAACAACGUCGUACCAGAAACAGCCACCUCCGUCGCCACUUCUUUCGUCCCUCCUGAAAACGAAACACCAAGAGCUGGCGCAGCAGGGUCUGACCCAAGCCCCCCUGGAGCAUGACCAUUCUUCCGUGCCACAGCCUCUCCCCCCACUUACCAUUCCACCUACUUCCCAGCAUUCCAUGCUGGAAGGGUCAGGGGUCAUGCCAGCCCCCCUGCAGAGCCCAGCAGCUGCGGUGGGACAGAGCCAGGUGUCUCCAGCUGCUACAGCUGUGCCAAGCUCACCUUCUGCAGGGGCUCCCACCCUCUCCAGAUUACUUAAUAAGACUGCUCCUGCUGCUGCACAUCAUCAGAAAAGCAGCCAGCCUCCUUUACCCUCUCCCAACCCCCUCUCCCCCCCUCCUCAGUCGCCUUCUCAUGGGCAUCCCCAAGAGAUGGUCUCGAACCUUCAAAGCACCGCCAGCCAACCGGUGCAUGUGAUGACCAAGACACCGCCUGCCACCAGACAGCAAACCCCUGCAGUGUCCAGCCCACCACCAGCACCUGUAACAGCACAGCAGCAACCUAAAGUCAAACAGGAGCCAGUGCCUGAGCCCCAGCCGACCAGCCAAACCUCUUCCAGUGUUCCGUCUGCCACACCCACCCCCUCAACUCCUCAGAUCAAGGAAGAAGCUAGACAAGUUGUCCAGGAGGAGGUUGUCCGGGUGAAAGAAGAGCCAGUGUCCCAGAUUGAAGCCACUCCCACAGCCAAAGUGGAUGAAGUCAAGGAAACACCCAGAAGUGCGGUAAAAAGGAAGGGCCAGAGAGGUCGACCCAGAGGAUCCCGAAGGGGCACACGAUCUCGAGCAAGGCAAGAACCAGAUGAAGGUGACCGGGAAGGAGACCCAGUGGAGGGGAGUGACACAGGCGACCCUGGGAAGGAGGACACGCGGAGUGAGGUGGAGUACUCGGAGAGUGAGGAUGGCCGUCCUCAGGACAGUGAUGAUAACUCCAGCAUCAGUGCUGCAGGACCUCAUCCACUGGCAGCAUCUUUCCAGUCUGACUCUCUCCCCAGCAGCCCUGCAUCUUUCUCACAAUGUAGUGAUGAUCAGGAGACGCUGAAAGCAGAGCGGGCCUGGCGGAAGGCUAUCAUGAUGGUGUGGAGAGCUGCCGCCUCACACAAGUAUGCCAACGUAUUCCUCCACCCUGUAACAGAUGACCAGGCACCGGGAUAUCACAGCAUUGUGUUCAGGCCAAUGGAUUUGUCGACGAUCAAGAAAAACAUUGAGACUGGUUUGAUCCGCACCACAGCAGAAUUCCAGAGGGACAUCAUGCUGAUGUUCCAAAAUGCCAUCAUGUAUAACAACUCGGACCACGAUGUCUACCACAUGGCUGUGGAGAUGCAGAGGGACGUCAUGCAGCAAAUCCAGCAAUUCUUGGCCACUCAGCUCAUGGUGCAGACGGCAGACACUGGGAAGACCCAGCUGAGACUGAGAGAGACCACACGCAGACCAGAGGACCAACAGAGACGAGGGUCUUCUGAAGAGGGCGGUCCUGGGAAGAAAAGACGCAGGGCUGAUGACUUAACCUAAUGAACAUUCCCUUACUCUUACAUGUAGCUUAUCGGCCAUUUCAGGCAAGUGUGUGAUCACUUGUAGAAUGGAUCAACUUCUGUGUAUAUCAGAAUAUACUAACAUAUAGUAAGUAACACAGUGUUAUUUGCUUACAUCAAACAAUGGUGCCAGUGUGCUCAAGUAUGUUCAUCUAUCUGUAUCAGUAUAACCAGUAUAACCACCCUUCGACGCAACUCGUAUGUAAAAAAAGUACAUGGAGAAUACAACUGUAGGUGUAAUUAAGACUGGAUGAUAGUACACAGAUUUCCUAUAUCUUGAUUAGAUCCAGGAUUGUUUGGUGGCAAUUUUGAUUAGUUUAUCUUAACAUGGAUGCAUUUGUUUGGGGCCAAAAUUUUCUCAUUACUAGUAAGAUAUGUAAUGGAUAUUGGCAAAUGCUAUUACAAAAAAAUGUACAUGUACAUCAUAGUGUCACCCUUUGUCGGGUAACAUCUGCCAAACUGUUGAUUCUUGAUAUCAACAUUCUAGUUUGAUAAUAAGGUGAACUUUCAGUAUUUGUCUGUGAAAAAGAAGAAGAAGAACUGUGAAAAAGAUAUGCAGAUGAUUGAUACAGUGCAUGCAUUAUUGCCAUUAAAACUUACCUGACUGUGCUCUUUAA